GACAGAAAGCAGUCGAGAUCUAUUGUAAAAUACUUAUCAAGAAAUGGGUCUUUUUCGACCCCCAUGUCUAAAAUUUUAUUCUUUAUACAGACACAAAAAGUUUCUUGGACGUGUAAAGACUAAAAGGGAUAAACAUAUUUAUGAAUUUAACGAGAGAUAUUCCUAGUGUUUGCAUUUUUUAUUGAAUAAUUGUGAGAAAAAAAAUUUAGCCACCAUGUUGUCAGUCAGCUGUUUUUCUCGCUAUGGGGUAAAACCCCGAAAUGUGAUAGUGUUCAGUUACAGAAAGUUUACAGACAAUUUCCACAACCGUGCUUCACUUGACAGUGAAUCUCGCGAACGAUCGAGAUCUGUAACAGCAUUUUACAACCAGAGUGCAAUAGACAUAGCUGCUGCGAAGCCAUCUGUCAGACUAACACCCACCACAAUCCUGUAUGCUGGAAAGUCACAAGAUGGCAGCCAUCUUCUUCGCAGUGCCCAGUAUUUACACAAGGAACUUCCCGUCAGGAUCGCCCACAGGAUCACAGGAUUCAGGAACCUGCCGUUCAUUGUUGGCUGCAACCCUAUUAUUAAUCAAGUGCAUGAGAUGUACAUAAAUGCUUUCCAGCUUCUCACAGACUUUCCUGGAGUUGAGUCAUUGGAGCAAGAAGAAGAGUACUCCGCCUUGUUACGUAACUUGUUAGAUACACAUGGUAAUGUUGUCACCUUGAUGGCCGAAGGCUUUGCUGAAAGUAGGAAACAUAUAAAGGAUGAAAAUAUGAUCCGCCUGUUUCUUGACCGAACCCUGACGUCACGUCUUGGCAUACGUAUGUUAUGCGAACAUCAUCUUGCUCUUCGUGAUGAAAAGUUUUAUAUGGAUUUCAUGCCAAACCAUGUGGGAAUCAUCAAUGUGAAUUUUUCUCCCAGCAAACUUAUUGAAAAGAAGGGCGAGUUUAUGAGAGCUGUUUGCGAUGACAAGUAUGGUAAUGCUCCGGAAGUACGUAUCCUAGGACAUGUUAAUGCUACCUUCCCCUAUAUACCACCGCCUCUAGACUACAUACUUGUAGAAAUACUGAAAAAUGCUUUAAGAGCUACAGUGGAGAACCAUAUAGACUCUCUAGAAAAUCUACCCCCAGUCACUGUUACUAUAGCCAGUAAUAAAAUAGACUUCAUUAUCAGGGUGUCUGACCGAGGUGGAGGCAUCCCUCAUCAGAUUGUGAAUAAAAUCUGGGACUACAACUUUACCACAGCAGGGACCAUGCAGGACAAUAGGGUAGACAGGGGACUGCUCGGGGAAUUUGUGGAUCCUAGGAGUAGUGGAGGGGUCACUUCAUCAAGAAUGCAUGGAUAUGGUUUUGGCUUACCUGCUUCCAGAGCAUACGCAGAAUAUCUUGGUGGUGCCAUCACCCUGGAAACCAUGCAGGGAAUCGGAACUGAGGUCUACAUACGUCUCCGUCAUAUUGAUGGACAGUACGAAACAUUUCGUAUCUAAAGUCACAAUGCUUUUAAACAGAACUUCAAAAGUGAAGAACAUAAUCCUUGCAUCAGUUCGUUGACAGUUAUUCCUGUUCUCCAUGGUUGUUUGAUGACUAUUGCUACAUUUUCUUCUAACACAUACAGGAGCUUAAUGUUAAAUCAUUUCAGUUUUGAACUCUUUUGAAGAGUUGUGUGUUAUUGUGCAAAAUAUUCUUUUGUCAAAACUCUAUGUAUACUUUGUUUUCAUGAAAUGUGUAAAUGAACUUGUGAAUUUAUAUUUGUGCUGAUUCAGCAUGAAUAUGCAGAAGUUUUUAGUGUGUGAAAAGUUUUAUAUUUGUCUUUGAUUUCAUGAAGACUAUUUUCUUGUAGUCUAUAAUUUGAUUACUUUGUAUUACUACUGUAUACUAGAAAACAUAGAGUAUGUAUUUGGAGUAUGUGGAAUUGUGAUUUUUUUGUUUUUUUCCAGACUUACAUGUACUUAUAAAUACGUGGCUUUUCUUGAUGAAAUGUGUAUAAGUGUGACUAUAACUGUGCUGAGAGUUCACAAGUGUGUUGAUAUUUUUAGUUUAUGAAACAUUUUAUCUGUAAUAUUUGUUUUCUUGUAGACUUAUUUUUACAUUAUCCAAUAUUUCAUAUACUAGUCCUAGUGUAUGUCUGUUUCAGAAAGAAAUUUAACAGCCAGUUAUUUUAUCUCCAGUUUUACUGGUAUUACUAAUAGUUGGUUUACAUGAAAUUAUUACGCUGUUGUCCUUUAAGGUAGUUCUGCACGUUUGAUAAACCGGAAGUGAUGGUGUAACGUCACUUAUCCGGAAAAUGUAGAAUAAAGACAGGAUUCGGCAUACGGAUAUGAAAAUCAUUUUAUGAAUUUAUGACAACCUGUGAGUAAAUUUAUUACAAUGGCACUGUUAUUAUCUCUCAAAAGUUAAAAUAUUUUAUUAACACAUCUGACACAUUAAAUAAUUCAAAGUGAUAUCUUGAAAUUAGCGUCAAAUGCGCGGUUCACUUUAAUCAUGGUCAAAUAUCUCAAAAAUAAGAACACGGACCUAUACAUUUUAUUUCACCACAUUAUAGUCCAUAUGUUAAUUUACAACUGUGAGAAGUUUCAUUAAAAUCUACAUUGUGGAAAAUUUUAUAUUCACUAAAAUGGUAUGAAAAUUAUGGUUUUCCCUUAGACUCCCAUUAUGAAAAAUUGCCUGAGGUCCAAAUUUUUCAACUCGGCCUAGCAAAAAAUCAAGCACACAACCCUAUCAUUUUUAUUUGCUGAAUUUUCUAAGUAUAUUUUGAAGUUUUGAAAAAUCAGAAUUUAAUCAGAUUCUACAUUGUAGAAAAAAAUUCGAUCAGAACGUUCAGAACUACCUUAACAGCGGAAAUGAUACGUAAUUUUGCCUUUCUAUAUAAGGAUAUUUCAAGUAUAACAGUCUUGUUUUCAAUUGAUUUUUAAUGUUUUCCUGUUCUUUCGCUCUGUUUUUGAUUUUUUGGUUUUAUCUCGCAUUUAUAUACUCAUUUUGUAUGAUGAAAUCUCUAUGUUUUGCCUUAUUUUAAGUAAUGAUGUUAGUAAAUAUUUUCUCAGUGUUGAUGUGUGUACAUAUUCUGAAAAUUCUCUCCUCAGUAUACAAUAUUAUCCCAGUGUCUUUAUUCUCCAGUUUUCCUUUGCAAAAUACUCACUUUAUCACCACCCUGCUUUUUGGCACUUUGUUUCAGAUGCUAGGCUGUUUCUGAAUUUCUUUAUGGAUUUUACUCCAAUAAAUGUCAAUUCUACUUUAUGUUAAUUUUUAUUUGGUUUGAUGUCAAUUUCGGUUUUAUGUCAGUUUCUAUAAUUGUUUGAUGUCAAUUUCUAAUUCAUGUUUAUUCUAAAAAUGGCAUGGCAAGUUUUUUUCUAUGAAUCUCAAGGAAAUUGAAUCUUUGUCUCAUCUGUCAUUAAUUUCUAAAUAUCAGUCAAGUAGUUUGGUUGUAUCAUUUUACAUUUCAUCUUUGAUAAGUUUAUCUUGUACAAUAAUUUAUAUCUGGCACAAUAAUUGCAUUUAGAAUACUUUGUCUCAUAGAUGUGAAAAUUAUUUCCAUAAACGAUUUUGAAGAUUGUUUUACUGAAAACUAUCCUAAAUGUUUAUUUUUUUAUGGUCUUGACACUUUUAUGUUCAGGCCUCGGUAUGUGAGGAAAUUUAUAUGUACAUGUAAAUCGGCCCAUGUGUUAUUUUAAGUGUUGAACAAAUUUUUCUGUUUUUCUCUGUUGUAAGAGAAUGUGAAAUUGUUGUUGAUUCUACAUUUUAGUUUCAUUUUAUGGUGACGGAUUUAAUACUUUGAUUGUUGCUGUUGUUUUUAUUUUGAUUUAAAUGAAUGCAAGUAGCAUGAUGAACAAAAUAUCCUGGAACAGGAAAAUAAAAUAGUAUUUUAGCUCCAAUGAGAGGGAAACGUAUUGUUUGGUCUACAUUUUCUGUAACAAGGUUUUUCAUUGAAUAAGACAGUACUGUACCAGUUACUGGUAUAUUGUGCAUCAUUUCAAAGAGCUCUCCGGUUGAUAAUAGGAACUCUUCAAAUUUUCAAAAUAGCUGGUUUAAAUUUUAAAUUAAUUUCCAUAGUUAUUUUUGUUAUAUGAAGUUAUAAUUUCUGUAUAGCUUCAAAAAUAAUUAGAUUUUCCAUUGAAGAUAAUUUACACAGAAAAAUACAUUUUUGGGCAAUCAGAAAUUAUGACAAAUUUCUAUAAUAUUUGACAAUGUUUCUAUUACCAUCUCUGGAGACCUUUCGAAUGAUGAAGAAUAAAUUUCAUACCAUGUGUGCUUCAUUAUAAUAAAUUGUCUUGUCCUAUUCAGCAAAGAUGCAACAUAACUAUAUCGGCUUCCAGUAAGUGUCCUAUUUUAUCUUACAUUAAUUUUUUUUAACUGCUUGGAAGAAAUUCAAGGAAGGCUUUACAGAAACUUUAAACAUUUAAGGAAAUUCUUGUAAGUGUCCAAUUUAAAAGUACCAUACAAAAAAAAACUAACAGUUUAAAUGUUAUAUAAAAUGUAAGGUUGAUAUAUAUUCAUGCAUAAUGUUGUGAUAAAAGUUCAUUCAUAACUUGUUCACAUUUUGUGUCUGCUAUAACUUUAAAAACUUUGCUUUUCCAUUACUGUUGGGUGCUAUAGACAUGAUGUAUAAAUAUCUCACCAUUUGUCGCUAGUCACACACCAAUCACACAAAAUCACCUUGGUAAAAUUUGUUUGUAAUGUAAGCAAAUAUACAUUAUAUAUAUAACCAUAAAGCAAUAUAAUCGCCAGUGAAUUAAGACCUCAUUCCUCUCCUUUUGUGUAAUUAUUUGUAGAACCGUUGCAUGAAUUAAAAUUGAAUAUGCUUAUAAUUUGCGGAUGAUUGUUCUGUAAAGCAACAUUUUAUUUGUUAAGAAUGAAUGAGAUAACCACUGUAAAUGAAUUUGAUUUUGAUCAAAAGAUAUUUUUUUCGUUACAUUUUAAUGCUAUUUAGUAAGUGUUCAGUACUGUACCAAAUAUGUUAAAUGAUAUUUCUUUAUGUGAAAUUAUUUUAUAAAUCAAUUAAUGAGCCGUGCCAUGGGAAAACCAACAUAGUGGGUUUGCGACCAGCAUGGAUCCAGACCAGCCUGCGCAUCCGCGCAGUCUGGUCAGGAUCCAUGCUGUUCGCUAACAGUUUCUCCAAGUCCAAUCAUCUUUAAAAGCAAACAGCAUGGAGCCUGACCAGACUGCGCGGAUGCGCAGGCUGGUCUGGAUCCAUGCUGGUCGCAAACCCACUAUGUUGGUUUUCUCAUGGCACGGCUCAUAUCUUGAUUAUAUAGUUUGUAAAUGCCGUCUUAGCUGUAAUUGAUUAUUUGUUGGGUAAGUCCUGUAAGCAAAGAUGCUGAUUGUUGAUUGACAGGACUUGUAGCUUUUGGAUCUGUUUAAAGAUACGUAUGACACAAACCUAAAGUAAUAAAGUUGUUACAUGUAAAGUUUUCAUUGAAGUCUAACACAAGACGUGUUUUGUGUCAGGUAGUAUUAUAGAGGCGUGAAUUUCACCUACUGUUUAGUAGAAUAUUGUAUUUCACCAUCUCAUAUCUGCAUGUUUACUGCAUACAUAAUGUAUAAUACAUGAUCUUAAUAUUUAGAUUUGAUUUUGUCAAUAUUAUGACUAUAUGUGUGCAGACCGAAGCAGAAAUAUUCCAGGUAUAUUUUAUCAUGAUCCAUUGUAUUCUCAUUCUCUGCAAGUGUAUGUUGUACAUUUCAUUAAUAAGGUACUAUUUACAUUAUAUCGGCUUCAAAUAAAUGUCUUUUUCUGGGAAA